ACGCUCGAGCACGGAGGAACCUUGUACUAAACGAUCUCUUUAUAUUUUUCGGUGGAUGUGUCUUUCAUUUUUCUUGGUGUUUGAUAUUGCUUCGUAGCGUUAGUUAGAAAGAGAGAAAGAAAGAGAAGAAUCAAUCUGUGCUUUAUUUUUUUGAGAGGCACGUGUUUUUUUGGUGGUGUAUGUGCCGACCUGUGUUCAAAAGAGAAAAGAGAUAUUGCCUUUUUUCGGUGGAAGACCCCAAGAUCUUCAACGCGAAGACAAGGAUUAUAUCUUGAAUGUACAUUAAUGAUCGUUUCGACCUAUGAAACUUGCAAUACCACCAGACCACAACCUCCGCAAUAAAUCUGCAAUACUGAAGGCCGUCUCUCCUCAAAGCGAGAUGUUAAUUUAGCAAGUACCUCCACACAGUGUGUUGCCUCCUUCCCCUCUCGCCUCAAGUACCCGCAAGUGGAUAAGUUGGCAACCUAACGAGAAGGAACAACGUAAACAAGAGGAUGUUAGUGCUCAGUUGCGAGUGCAUUUAAAGGACGUUUGUUGUACGAGGUCAAGUGUUUGUACUAUAAUCUGACCUUGAACGCAAGAGGAGUCCAAGUUCACUGAACAGGCAUCGAAUAGAUAACUCACUGAGGUAGUGACACUUUCCUAAAAAGAAAGAAGGGAAGAGAAAGAGAGCGAGAGUGAGAGAGAGAGAAAACACUUUGUUAUCUAUGUUAAACGUUUUUUGCUUCCUGUCUUGGUGUUCCUGACCUUUUUUAUACCCGAAGGUGUCAAACGUACUUGAAUUUUGUUGGUAAUUUUUUAGGUGUGUAGAAGAGAUAGAUAUCUUUAUUGGAAAGUAGCUACGGUCAAUAGCAGCUUAUUACAGCCACCACAACUACUAGCACGGUUCAGUUGCACCAAAGUUCACCCCGCCCGCUAGACUGAAUCUCAUCUACUUAGUGAACUACAACACAGGGUUAAACCAACGCUAAAAUUCGAAAACUGAAGACCGAAAACAGUCAUAAAUACUUGAAAAAAGGAUACACCACAGAGGACCGAAAGAUAAACGAGUGAAUAAACAAACAAAUAUCAUUAGUGACAACAUUUUCAAUUUCGUAUCUGCAUCGUUCUCAGCGUCUUCACAAUGGGGGAUUCAAGCCGAGCCAGCACCCCUUCCUCUUCCACCAAUGCCAACACUAAUACCAACACGACGGCUUCCAACACCCGGCCAACCACGCCGAAGGAGGAGCGACAUCAGAUGCACGCUGGCCUCGUCAGUGUGAGCGAUGGGAAGUCGAAGCCACAGCCAAUGAAGCUGAUUCUGACGACGGAUUCGUUAGUCCUUCAGAAAGAACAGCUUGUCAUCAGCACCAAAAACUUGGAUCAAAAUGGCCCUGACUCUAGGAUACGAAGGGUGAAGGUGAUCCGACAGCGCGCCUCGGGUCUCGGCCUCAGCAUCAAGGGCGGUUCGGAGCACAAGCUGCCCAUCCUCAUCUCCCGCAUCUUCAAGGACCAGGCGGCCGACCUCACCGGAAAGCUCUUCGUGGGCGACGCCAUUUUGAAAGUGAACAACCAGUCCCUGCUGCGGUGUACCCACGACGAGGCUGUGGCGGAGCUGCGGCAGGCAGGCGACGAGGUCAUCCUGACGGUGCGGCACUACAAAGCGGCCACGCCCUUCCUCAACAAGGGAGACGACAACAGUUCAACCACAGAGAGCACGACCUCCCAGCUCCGGCCCGAGGAUGGCUGGCGGUCGCCCUCCAACCCCACCACUCCAACCACGCCCUCGACCACCGCCACGUCGCCCACGUCAACCAAAAUGAACAACCACAAAGUCUCGAACGCUGACCAGACGUCGGACUCCUUAGUGUCCAACAACACCACCGACUCCUCAACCAAGAGCAUCACCUCAACCACAAACAACCUCAACAAAAUCAACAGCAGCCGGAGUACCUCUGACGUCAUCACCAACGGCAUCUCCACCUCCACCACCACAACCACCACCACCGCCACCACCAACACUGCGGACAACACCUGCAAUGGCCCGAAGGUGGAGAAGCAGUGGGUGGAUGUGGUCACAGUGCCCCUCAUGAUGGCAUACAUCACGCGGUACAUCUUCGGCACCGACAAGCUCCGGCCUCAGGCGUUCGAGGUUAGGGGUAUCAACGGCAUCAGCACGGGCGUGGUUCACUGCGAGGACGCCGCGAUGCUGUCACAGUGGAUCAAGCACAUCACCAAUAACAUCAUUGGACUCACGAACUUGCAGAUGAAGCUGUACAACUCCAGCUUCCCAGCCUCCGAACACGUGCUGUACAUGGGCUGGGUGUGCGAGGGAGUACUCAAUCAGAAUCUUCCGUGGCAAAAUUGGAAGCCUAAGUUCAUCGCUUUGAAGGGCACCGAUAUUUAUAUGUUCGACACACCGCCGCUCAACACCCACGACUGGCUGGAGCGUGCGUCGGUGUGGGCGGUGCACCAGACGAUGUUCCGCGUGAUCAAGGAGUCGGAAUACGUCGACGAGCGCCAGCACUGCUUCCUUCUGCAGACGGCCAUGCAGGAGUCGCGCUACCUCAGCGUGGAGACGCGCCAGGAGCUGCUGCGGAUCGAGAACGCCUGGCACCGCGCCGUCUACAAUGCCGUCACGAGACUAGGGAGCAAGACCUUCGCCGUGACCCAGGCCGGCAGAUCGUCCGGCCUGACCCUGGACUGGUCGGGCGGCUUCGCGCUUUACGACACGGAGACGCGGGACUACCAGUGGCGCUACAAGUUCUCUCAACUCAAGGGCUCCUCGGACGACAGCAAGACGAAGCUCAAACUACACUUCCAAAACGAAAACAAGGAAAUUGAGACAAAGGAGCUGGAGUGCGCGACCAAUCUCCAGAACCUUCUCUUCUGCAUGCACGCCUUCCUGACAGCUAAAGUGGCUGCUGUCGACCCAUCCUUCCUGAGGGCGCCUCCGAAGACACCGACGUAGUCAUGCCCGCGCCCUUCCGGCCAGCAGAGCUGAACUUUAAAGCCACGCUGGACCAACAUCUCCUGAAAUCUGUCGUGUUCAGUAAAAUAGAUCUUAUAUUUAAACCUGGAAAGCCAAUCACGUUUUGCCACGUCAUAGCCACGCAUCGUUGUCUCAACCAAUAGCUACCAAUUUAAGUCCCAAAGAGCCAAUCACAUCCCACCACGUUUCACCACGUCAAAACUGUAACCCUGACUGUUUAGCCUAUAGCAACCGUACUUCCAGUUUACCUGUACCAAUAGUAAUUUGUCGACGCUAGUCUUUAGAUGUCUUUGCAUAGGAUCUUAUGGCCUUAUUCUGAGAUUUGCCUCAAGAACUCCUGCUUUCUUGAGCUCAACCUUUUAUGUGAUAAUGGCAAUUGAUGUUUUAAAACUCUUCGAAUUUUUUUUCGUGAGACACAGUCAUCGUAUAUAUAUAUAUAAAAGAAACAAUAAUGAUAACGAAAGAAAAACGUGGGAAAGAAUAUUUUUAAUUGCAUUUAGGAAUGACGUGAUUGUCGUAUUACACAUACGCAGGAGGUCAUACUUAUUGAUCUCAAUGAUGCGGUACUAGUCACCUGCACUAGUAUCCGAGCUAGUAGUAAAACUAACCUUAAGACUGUUAGCCAUGGGUGUUAGCAUGGCACGAAGAGACAUAGUCAAGGUAAACUAGGUGGGUUUAGUUUCCAAAGAAAACCGUGGGUGAUGAUGCCCUGCACUUGGCCAAUGUAGGUCUUUGCUCACAAGGUUGGUGUAGCAUAGUUUCGGAUCAUUAUUUUAUUAUUUAUUAUUGUUCACCUAAUCCAGGCCUGAAUAGAUAGCCACGUUGUUCAGUUCGUUUCUUUGACUCUCAAGGGAAUGCGAAUGAAAAUAUAUAAUAAUAAUAAUAACGUACAGAAUGUAACUGCACAAAAAAAAAUAAGAAAAAAAAACAUCUCUUCGGUGUUUCAUCAAAUACACUUUCCUGUAAGUUACGUAAUGAUCACUUACACAUCAAGGUGUAUUUGUGUGUACUGUAUAUACAUAUAUAUCUUAAAAUAAUGUAUGUUUUCAGCAUAACUAGUACUGAGGCCAGUCCUGGAAUAUGGCCAUGUACAUUUGGAGAAAAAAUAAAACAUUAUUGUGACGUUCAAACUUGUUAAUAGCUUUAAAAAAGUUGUACAUAUUAAUGAUGUUGAUGAGAUAGUAUCCUGAGUGAGUAAUAUUUGUGAAUAAGCGCUAUGUAGCUAAUCUGUGUGUGUGUUUAGCUUUGUCCAUCGUGGAAGCCCGCAUAUGACGGACGCUAAGAUUUUAAAAAGUAAACUAAAUGAUGAUAAUAAUGUACUCGAUAUUCAUGUAGGUGUAACAGCUGUUGCACCGGGGACAGUCAGUCAACAUAUGCAGUUAUAUUAUCCUCCAUUUAUAAUGACCAUAUAGUGAAUACCGCUAGUCAUAAACUCACUUUUAAAACUCGGAUAUAUACAUGAAAUAUAUAUUGUUUGUAUAAAUAUUGUUUGUUUUUUUGGGGGGUCUCUCGUAUCCACAAGCUCCAAAAAGGAAAAUCGUUUCGAUAAUGGGGGAAAAAAAUGCGUUUCGGUCAAUGCGUUUCUUCAAUUUUCCGGAGUUAUUUUCUUCCGCCAUACAUCACCUUCUG